AUGAAGCUAUUAUCUGUCUUAACGGUAACACUAACUGCGAUUCCAAUCGUAACGGCAUUCCCCUUCGAAGAGUUCAGAGUCUUAGAAGUUGGCGAAGGUCAGAGAAUAUCAGUCAGAGAGUCAGAAAAACUCUCCUUAUUGCAAAAAGGUAUCAAAUUCAUCGAUAUCACCAAAUAUGAUAAAGCUGAACAACAAUCGCGUUCUUUAUUCUCUUUUUUCAACAAGAAAGCACCAGUCCCAGUUGUCCCAGUAUACGACUAUCCUACCAAUGUCUCUCACGAAGAAAUCGUCAAAUCCUUGACUGCAAACAUUGAUAAAAAGUCAAUGCACGACAACUUAGCUAAAUUCACCAGUUUUUACACUCGUUAUUAUAAAUCAGAGACAGGGUUUGAAUCCGCCGAAUGGUUAUCCAGUAAGAUUUCAGAAUUAACUUCCAAGUUGCCUGAAGAAAAAUACGAAAUUGAACACAUAGACCAUAAGGAUUGGAAGCAGUACUCCAUCAUUGUUAGGUUUACAGGAUCUGAAACUCCAGAAAACAUUAUUGUAAUGGGCUCCCAUCAGGAUUCCAUCAAUUUACUAUUGCCUUCAAUAUUACCUGCUCCAGGUGCUGAUGACAAUGGUUCUGGUACCGUGACGAAUCUUGAAGCAUUGAGAUUAUAUGUUGACCAUUAUUUGUCUACUGGUGAAACUCCACGUAAUACUGUCGAAUUCCACUUUUAUUCCGCCGAGGAAGGUGGUCUUCUAGGCUCUCUUGACAUAUUCACUCAGUACGCAACUUUACAGAAAAAAGUAGUCGCCAUGUUACAGCAAGACAUGACGGGAUAUGUUUCUGAUCCUGAAGACGAACACGUUGGUGUUGUUAUGGAUUACACUACCUCUGAAUUAACAGAAUUCAUUAAACUAAUAAUCGAUUCUUAUUUGGAUAUUCCAUACGUGGAAACUACUUGUGGUUACGCCUGUAGUGAUCAUGGAAGUGCUACCAAAAAUGGAUUCCCAGGUUCAUUUGUUAUUGAAAGUGAGUUCAAAAAGACUAAUAAAUAUAUUCACAGCACAAUGGACACUUUGGAUAGGUUGAGUUUUGAGCAUAUGGCAGAACACGUUAAGAUUGUGAUUGGAUCAAUAAUUGAAUUGGGAAACUGGUCCUUUGAAUGA